ACAAUACUCUCUCUCUCUCUCUCUCUUUCUAUUUCAGAUUUUUUUUUGUUUCCUCAUAGAAAAAAAAGAGAAGUUUUGUGUGUUGUAUCUGUUUUGCUCAUAAAAAGAAGAUGCAAGUUGUCUCUCCUUCAUCUCCGGCGGCGAGGUUCGUCGGAAAAGAAAGAUUCGCCGAGCUUUACGGGAAACUAAACGACGACUUCACCUCCAAACUCAAACUCGAUCCCACAGAGAAGCAAGAAGAAGAAUCUGACGAAGAGUUCUCUUUCGCGAGUGUUAACGGAGAAAACUCACCGAUAACAGCAGAAGAAGCUUUCAAAGACGGUCAGAUCCGACCGGUUUACCCUUUCUUUAACCGGAAUCUCCUCUUCGAACCGGAAACUAAACAAUCUCUCCCUUCUCCUCUCAAGAAAGUCUUCGUCGAAACAGAGGAAGAAGACUCCGAACCGAUCGGUCCUUACUGCUCGUGGUCAGGCAGAACCGUGGAGGAAGCUGCUUCGCCGAAGACUUGUCGGAAAAGCAACUCGACGGGAUUCUCGAAGCUUUGGAGGUUUAGAGAUCUUGUCUCGAGGAGCAAGAGCGACGGUAAAGACGCGUUUGUGUUUCUCAGCAACGGUUCUUCUUCUUCGUCGUCGUCGCAGAAGAAACCGAGCGGCGGCGUGGUGAAGAGAGCGGAGAAGAAGAUGAAAACGAAGUCGGCGCACGAGAGGUUGUACAUGAGGCACAGAGCGAUAAGGGAAGAAGGGAAACGGAGGUCGUAUCUUCCGUACAAACAUGUUGGGUUCUUUACUAAUGUCAAUGGUCUUACAAGGAAUGUUCAUCCUUACUGAUUCUCUUUCGGACAGAAGUUUGAUUUUCGUAUAUAGUUUAAAAUCUAACCCUUGUCUUAAUACUGUAAUAAUAGCCUUCUUUUUGUAAGAAAAAAGGUUAUUUUCAAAUUUCAAUCACGUAUAUGCGUAUUACAUUCCGGUUACGGAUAAUAGCUUAAUGUUC